GCGUUUGCUUGGUCCACUUUGAUCACCCCACGCCGCUUCCAGCUUCCACCUCUCGCCGUCUCUCUCUCUCUCUCUCUCUCUCGCCUGUUCUUCCCUCGCCCUUUCUUCUACACGUCCAAUCCACCGAAACCUCACCUUGAUCGAGAGCGAGCUGGUUGGGAGGAGGAAGGAGGGCAGAAAUGGCCGGGUAUCGCGCGGAGGACGACUACGACUACCUGUUCAAGCUGGUGCUCAUCGGGGACUCCGGGGUCGGCAAGUCCAACCUCCUCUCCCGCUUCACUCGCAACGAGUUCAACCUCGAGUCCAAGUCCACCAUCGGCGUGGAGUUCGCCACUCGAAGCGUCACCGUCGACUCCAAGGUCCUCAAGGCUCAGAUUUGGGACACCGCCGGCCAGGAACGGUAUCGUGCAAUAACAAGUGCUUACUAUCGAGGGGCAGUUGGCGCAUUGCUCGUGUAUGAUGUCACUCGACGUGCUACAUUUGAUAGUGUUGCCCGUUGGCUGAGGGAGUUGAGGGAUCACACUGAUCCUAACAUAGUGGUGAUGCUGAUUGGGAAUAAGUCAGACCUCCGUCAUCUUGUUGCCGUUCCUACUGAAGACGGCAAGGCUUACGCUGAGAACGAAUCAUUGUAUUUCAUGGAAACCUCUGCACUAGAUGCAACAAACGUUGACUUAGCAUUUCAAGAGGUCUUGGCUCAGAUUUACCGCAUUGUCAGCAAGAAGGCAGUCGAGGCAGGUGACGAAACAGCCUCUUCUGUACCAAGUAAAGGCGAAACAAUAAACGUCAAGGAUGAUUCUUCUGCACUGAAAAGAUUUGGUUGCUGUUCAAGUUAGUAGUCUCGAUGCCUCUCAAAAGCUGCUUUCUCUUUGUGAUGCAUUAUUUAAGUUCUUCAUGUGUAAUAUUUGAGUUCAUUAUUUCUUUCUAAAUUACUCAUCCUGCACCUGAACAUGGAUAAAUACUGAGCUCUUGUUAUCUUAAUGCUUGUAACUGCAAACUUGCUUCGAUAUCGAAAUUGUGACUUAGGGUUUACUAUAUUUUGAAUUAGAAUGAUCAUUGUAAUUUAGAAGUGUGUGUUUUAUCAGACUAUAGAAAACUGUUUAUUUUGGAGGUUA